CAGUGAGCUUGUCUUAAGCCUAGUGCCCCUCCAGAAAGACCGAUGUCGUCAGUCUUAUCAAUCCGACGUCACCUAAUCGUAUCCCUAUCUAAAACUAUCCAAAUCAAUUGUCGUAGAUGUCAACGACAAAUUGGGUCCUGAGCUUUCUCUGACAAGUUGGCUGGGUUUUCUUGAUGCUUCUCCACUGGAUUGUAUUCUACUAGCUUGAGUUUUAAGCAAUUGAUACCCUUUUCCCUCCGAUCCCUCCGUGUCUUUCAAAAUGAGUCUCUUAAGGAACUUACCAAGAAGUGUAACAUCUUCGUCGAGGCUUGUCGUAAGAUCGCACUUCCAAAGGACGACUCUCCCACUCGUUAUGUCGCGGUCAGCAUCCAGUAGGGCACCAAAGCUCAACGACCCCUCCCUCUUCAAGACUGAUGUCUGCUACGUAAACGGAGAAUGGGUGAAAGCCGCGUCGGGUAAGACUUUUAGUGUCUACGACCCUGCCACUGGCGAACUUGUAGGCACUUCCCCCGAGUUCACCGGAAAGGACACCGAAAAUGCCAUCGCCGCAGCCGCCGCGGCAUUUCCCAGCUUCAAGACGAAAACCGGUCGAGAGAGGGCCAAGUUGCUACGCAAAUGGUACGAUCUUAUGGUAGAGAAUGCGGAAGACCUCGCCAAACUAAUUACGUGGGAGAAUGGAAAGCCGCUCGCGGACGCGAAAGGAGAGGUCAACUAUGCUGCUAGUUUCUUCGAGUGGUUUAGUGAAGAGGCUCCAAGGAUAUAUGGUGAUUCCAUCCCAGCUACGGUACCAGCAAAUAGAGUUGUAACUAUUAAGCAGCCCGUCGGCGUUUGCGGUUUGAUUACACCGUGGAAUUUCCCAGCUGCGAUGGUUACAAGGAAACUUGGCCCCGCGCUGGCAGCUGGCUGCACAAUUGUCGUAAAGACACCGGGGGAGACGCCGUUCACGGCUCUGGCCUUAGCCGAGUUGGCACACCGCGCUGGAAUUCCCAAGGGUGUUGUCAACUUUGUGACGACCCUAGAAAAUACUCCCGAGGUUGGAAAGACGCUGGCGACUCACCCUACUGUACGAAAGAUUUCGUUUACUGGAUCAACAGGUGUGGGCAGGCUUCUCAUGAACCAAGCAUCCCCAACCCUGAAGAUCUUGUCUAUGGAACUCGGUGGUAAUGCGCCAUUCAUUGUAUUUGAUGAUGCCGAUGUCGAUGCGGCAGUUGCAGGGGCCAUCGCCUCUAAAUUCCGUUCGUCUGGACAGACCUGCGUGUGCGCAAACAGGAUAUAUGUGCAAAAGGGUAUCUACGACGAGUUUGCCAAGAAAUUCGCCGAGAAGGUGAAGAGCUUCAAGGUUGGUAACGGAUUUGAAGAGGGCAUCACCCACGGACCUCUAAUCCACGACCGGGCCGUCUCAAAAGUGGAAGCUCACAUCAAGGAUGCCGUUUCGAAGGGAGGUAAGGUUGUGAUUGGUGGACAAAAGUUGCCAGACCUAGGUGCCAACUUCCAUCAACCUACCGUCAUAACGGGCAUGACGAAAGACAUGGCUAUUGCGGGCGAGGAGACCUUUGGCCCUGUUGCCGCUCUAUUCCCGUUCGCAUCAGAAAAGGAAGUUGUGGACCUAGCAAACGCCGCCGAGGUCGGUCUAGCAGGAUAUUUCUUCUCAAGAGACCUGGAACGUAUUACAAGGGUAGCCGAGGCUCUAGAAGUAGGAAUGGUGGGUGUUAACACCGGUUUGAUUUCCGACACUGCUUCGCCAUUUGGUGGUGUUAAGCAAUCUGGAUUCGGAAGAGAAGGAUCUAAAUAUGGCAUUGACGAAUACUUGAACAUCAAGACGAUAACAUGGGGAGGUAUGGACAAGCCGUUGCAAAGUUAAAUGGCUUCCUACGAUGUCAUCUGUAAAUAAGGCGUUAAUGAAUAGAGAAAGGGAAUUGGACUACUUUCUAUAAUUAAAUUAAUUUACAUAUGAUGCUCGGCUCUUA